GACAAGAAGGAGGACAAGAAGGAAGACAAGAAGGACGAUGCCGAGAAGAAGGAAACAAAAGCGAAGAAGGAGGACAAGAAGGAGGAUCAUAAGGACGACAAGAAGGAGGACAAGACGGAGGACAAGACGGAGGACAAGGAGCAGGACAAGAAGGAUGACGCCGAGAAGAAAGACACUGAAGCAAAGAAGACAGAUGCUGAGAAGUCGGACAAAAAGGAGGAGAAGACGCAGACGAAGGACAAGAUUCCAGAUUCUGUGGAUCAGCAAGCAGAAGCUAUUGCGAGUAUUUACAGGGGUAGAGAGCAGACAGAGUCAGCAGCAGCAGCAGCGUCUGGACUAGCCGGCCUUUCGGGCAAAGAAAUCAGGGAGCUGAAGGAGCAAGUGAAGGAGCUCUUCGAGUGGAACAGGGCUUGGUACCCGAUCGCGCCACUGACCUAUCUCGAUGCAGAACGCCCCAAUCCAGUGAAGCUGCUGGGCAAGAGGAUGGUGGUUUGGUGCUCCAAUCAGGAGGACAACUUGUGGCAUGCAGCGCUGGAUUCAUGCCCUCAUCGCAUGGCACCGCUAUCGAUUGGAACUUUGGAUGAGGGCCGACUGCGGUGUCGAUAUCACGGCUGGGCCUUCAAUGCAGCGGGGAGCUGUGUGGCGGUGCCCAUGGCUCAGAACGCCAAGGAGGAGGCGCGGAUGUGCGGCCUGGCGCGGGCCUGCCUCACCACCUUCCCGGUGCAGGUGAAGCAGGGCCUCCUGUGGAUCUUCCCGUACAUUGGCCCGGACGCUGCCACUGCCGCGAAGAAGUCCAGUCCCUGUGUCAUGGCCGACCUGGCCGACGACACGGAGUGGAUCAUGACUGUGGCGCCCGUGGGCUACCAGGUAUCAGUGGAGAAUACCUUCGACCCUUCUCAUGCGCCAUUCCUGCACACUGGCAUCAUCAAGUAUGCCCCUGACCAGGC